CUGAUGCGUGUUAUUUCCCAUUUUUCCAAUCUUCUCCUUGUUCCACCACCUCCGGCGAGGCGAUCUCCCGCGCGCGACGCCAUGGAUUUGGCGGUGGGCGCAUCGGAGGCUACCAUCAAGUCCCUCCUGACAAAGCUAGGCACCCUUCUCGCGGAGGAGUACACCCUGGUCCGAGGUGUCCGCGGCGACAUCCAGUUCAUCAGAGACGAGCUCGCCAGCAUGCAGGCCUUCCUCAGCAACCUCAGCCACAGCAAGGACGGCCCCGACGACCAGACGGAGGACUGGAUGAAGCAGAUCCGCGAAGUCGCCUACGACAUCGAGGACUGCGUCGACGACUUCACCCACAGCCUCAACCCCGACCGCCGGGGCGGCGACCUAUGGUCAAUCAUCGUCGGGGCCCUGUACGAGCUCCGGACAUGGUGGCCACGCCGCAACAUUGCUGCUAAUAUUGCUGAACUCAAGAAGCGGGCGCAGCAUGUGGGUGAACGGCGCAACAGGUAUGGCGUCCCCAAUCCAGAUCCAGCCAAGAAGAAGAGUAGCAUGGGAGGGUAUUUUGCCGCUGAGCAUCAGGAGAUAACCCCUCGGCUCGUCGGCAUCAGCGAGCCGGUGGGGGUGAAUGAAAUGACGAAGCUCCAGGAGUGGCUCAUCUCUGAUAAGAAGAGGGAGCUUGGCGUGCUAUCCAUCUUCGGUUUUGGCGGCGUGGGGAAAACCACAGCCGCCAUGGCGCUCUACCGGAACUGCGGGGUUAAGUUUAAGCGCCGGGCAAUGGUCACCGUGUCCCAUGGCACGGAUCCUGAUGAGGUCCUCAAGGACAUACUGAAGCAAGUCAAGGAGAGCAACGUGCACCAGCAAGGUCAGAUCCGUAGCACCGCAAGCACUUCGGCGAAGAAGGAUCAAGCAUCACCAGAUCCACAAAGCAUGAUGAGCUUCUUCCAAAAGCACACGAGCAGAUUGAGCCAGAUUACGCUGUGCACGCGUAGUCAAAUGGAAGAUGGGACAGCCUCGAAGGAGAAUCGAGUCAAGGAGAGCAACAUGCACCGACAAGGCCAGAUCCUUAGCACCGCAAGCACCUUUGCGAAGAAAAAUCAAGCAUCACCAGAUCCACAAAGCAUGAUGAGCUUCUUCCAAAAGCACACGAGCAGGUUCAGCCAAAUUACGCUGUGCGCGCGUAGUCAAGUGGAAGAUGGCACAACCUCCAAGGAGCACGAAGCCAUAACAAGGGAGCUGCGGGAACACCUGGAAGGAAAUAGGUAUUUACUAUUAAUUGACGAUGUCUGGUCUUCAUCUACAUGGCAGACAAUUUGGAGCUGCUUGCCAAAAAAUGCUGAAUGUAGCAGAGUUAUUGUGACCACACGGUUUGAAGCUGUCGCGAAGACAUCACUUACUCACCAUAAACUUUUCCAUAAAAUGCAAGUUCUGCCCCGGAAUGAUGCCCAGAAAUUGUUUGAAGAAAGUCUGGAAGACAGGCAGCCAGGCCUGAAGGGCCGGGUACCUGCAAGAAUCUGGGAGAUGUGUGGUGGCCUGCCAUUGCCCAUAGUUACCAUGGCAGGUCUCGUGGCAUCCAAGCCGCUUACAGAGCAAAAUGAAUGGAUUGAAGUCUGUGAGUCCCUGUUUCCAAAACCACAAGUAUGCCAUAAACCUGAGGAAUUCAUGAGGAUUAUCAAUUACUGCUACACUGCGUUGCCCAGUGAUCUCAAGACCUGUUCUCUGUAUCUAUGCCUAUUCCCCAAGGGGCGCAAGAUUAGAAGGAAGCGGCUGAUCAGGCGUUGGAUAGCGGAAGGUUUUGUUAGUGAGAAGCAGGGAUUGAGUGUGGAGGAUGUCGCAGAGACAUGCUUUAACCAACUCGUCGAUAGGAAGAUAAUACGGCCCAUAGAGCACAGCAGCAAUGGGAAGGUAAAGAGAUGUCAAGUACAUGACAUGGUGCUCGAAUACAUCAUCUCCAAGGCAGGCGAAGAGAAUUUUGCCACUGUGGUUGGUGGACAGUGGUCCAUGCCAACACGAAGCAGCAAGGUUCGCAGGCUGUCCCUCCAAAGCACUGACUCCAAGCGUGCAAAGGAAGCAGAUCUCAUGAACUUGUCUCAUGUUCGAUCACUGACGGUGUUUGGGAGCCUGGAACACCUGCAUCUCAAGUCAUUUAAAGCUGGUAUUGUGCAGGUACUGGACCUUGAAGGCUGCCAGGGUUUUAAUGAGAAGCGUGUCAGUGUUUCGGACAUAUGUAGAAUGACCUUACUCAAGUACCUCAGCCUCCGUGGAACGGAUGUCAGGAAAUUACCCUCCAACAUUGGGGAUCUCAAGUACUUGGAAACCCUGGACGUAAGGGAGACCAAGGUUCGUGAGCUACCUCCAUCUGUAGGUCAGUUGGAACGAAUCAGUAACAUACUUGGUGGAGACAAGGAAACAAGGGCAACCCUGAAGGUGCCUCGAGAGAUCAAGGGAGCAGCGAAGACCCUGCACGUGUUGUCAGGGAUUGAGAUUGCCGAGGGAUCAAAUAGUGCAUCUGAACUCAAUUAUUUUACCGGACUCCGGAAGCUGGCCAUUUACAAGCUCCGAACCAGUGAUCAGAGUUUGGUCUCCAAAAAAAGGAGUGAUCAGAUGCUGAAGGAUUUAAUCUCCUCCAUCCAGUACCUCAGUGGUUAUUACCUCAAAACUCUAGUCAUUGACGUCGAGUCAUCUGACUUCCUUAUCAUGCUAGACGCCAUGGAGUCCCCUCCAAUAUACCUGACAUCUCUUGAGCUCUCUGGCAGGUUUGUUAAACUGCCAAAAUGGCUCCCUGAUCUCAGCAAUCUUGUUAAAUUAGCCCUUUCAGCAACAGCUCUACAUACAGAAACUUUGAAGCUCCUCAGCAACUUGGGCGCAUUGUUUUCCCUCACCUUCUCAGUCUGUGCAGCACAACAUGAUCCUGAUACAGCAUCCAUUCUUGGGACGAACAAGUCCAAAUACAGAGGCGAGAUCUUUGUGCCAGCUGGAGGGUUCCUUAAGCUCAAGCUGCUUCGCGUAUUCAUACCGCUUCUGCCAUCACUCAACUUUUCCGCAGGAGCUAUGCCAGCAGUCGAAAGGCUUGAACUGCGUUUCAAAAGGUUGGAAGGUCUUCAUGGCAUGGACAAUCUUGAAAGUAUCCAUGAUGUGAUCUUGACUGUCGAUGGCCAGGCUGGAGGGACUACCAAGGUGAUUCUCGAUGAAUUGAAAAGAGAAAAACUUAAAUUUGCCCUGAAUGUUAAUGAAUAGUAUGAUUGACUGAAAUGCCAACAUACCAAAAGGUGUUUCAUCGUUCCAGCAAAAUCAUUCGACCUCAGAUUUGCCAUCAUACAGUAAAGACUCAGUUCUUGGGCCAUUAUUCUUGAAGCAAAAUCACGGCCAAUUAUAUGUUUCGUUUCGCUUUCAUUUUCAUGGUAUUGUAUGACCUGUGGUUGAUUUUUUUUAAUCUUAUGCUAAACCCGGGGAGAUAUUUCCUCAACGGGUCGAAUAUUUUUAUUCAUUGUAUGCUUUAAAUUUUGGCAAAUGAUUUUUGUAAUUGUGGAACGAGACAUUUGUUUUGUUUAAAGGUGUAACGUUGCAUUAGUAUGAGUGCACAUUGUCACAUGAA